GGGGCCCCCCGAGGCCGGCGUGGCCGCGGCUCCCUGCGCCGUCCUCACGGAGCUACACCCCGGCAGACGCCCGCCCGGCUGCAGGCGUCCUCUGGGGGGUGGUUUGCAGACUCCCGCUGAGCCGCAGAAGAAGCCGGUGGAGAAGAACCCGGAGCGCGUCUGCAUCAGCCCCGCAGCUGCCCUCUACAGGCUCCCGGCUCGCUGCUCCCAGCCUCGGGCACCAUGGACACCUCCCGCGUCCGCGUGCUCCUGUCCCUGCCCGCGCUGCUGCAGAUGGUGGCCGCCGGCAGCCCGCCGAGCCCGGACGCGAUGCCGCUGGGCUGCCCGUCACGCUGUCAGUGCGAGCUGGACGGCAGGAUGCUGCUCAGGGUGGACUGCUCCGACCUGGGGCUCUCGGAGCUUCCCUCCAACCUCAGCGUCUUCACCUCCUACCUGGACCUCAGUAUGAACAACCUCAGUCAGCUACCCCCCAGUCUCCUACACAACCUCCGCUUCCUAGAAGAGUUACGUCUUGCUGGAAACGCUUUGACACACAUUCCCAAGGGUGCGUUCUCAGGCCUUCACAGCCUUAAAGUUCUCAUGCUGCAGAACAACCAGCUGAGACAGGUUCCUUCGGAAGCACUACAGAACUUGCGACGCCUUCAAUCGCUGCGUCUGGAUGCCAACCACAUCAGCUACGUGCCACCCAGCUGUUUCAGUGGCCUGCACUCCCUGCGGCACCUUUGGCUAGAUGACAACGCUCUGACAGAGGUCCCUGUCCAGGCUUUCAGGAGUUUAUCAGCCCUGCAAGCCAUGACCUUGGCCCUGAACAAAAUACACCACAUAGCAGACUAUGCCUUCGGGAACCUCUCCAGCCUAGUAGUCCUGCAUCUCCAUAAUAAUAGAAUCCACUCCCUGGGAAAGAAAUGCUUUGAUGGGCUCCACAGCCUGGAGACUUUAGACUUAAAUUAUAAUAACCUUGAUGAAUUUCCCACUGCAAUCAAGACACUCUCCAACCUUAAAGAACUAGGAUUCCACAGCAACAACAUCAGGUCAAUACCUGAGAAAGCAUUCGUAGGCAACCCUUCUCUUAUCACAAUACAUUUCUAUGACAAUCCCAUCCAAUUUGUUGGAAUAUCUGCUUUUCAACAUUUACCUGAACUAAGAACACUGACUUUGAAUGGUGCCUCACAAAUUACUGAAUUUCCUGACUUAACUGGAACUGCCAACCUGGAGAGUCUGACUUUAACUGGAGCAAAGAUUUCAUCUCUUCCCCAAACCGUCUGUGAUCAGUUACCUAAUCUCCAAGUGCUAGAUCUGUCUUACAACCUGCUCAAAGACUUACCCAGUCUGUCAGGCUGCCAAAAACUUCAGAAAAUCGACCUGCGGCAUAACGAGAUAUAUGAAAUUAAAGGUGGCACUUUUCAGCAGUUGCUUAACCUCCGAUCUCUGAACUUAGCUUGGAAUAAAAUUGCCAUUAUUCACCCCAGUGCGUUUUCUACGUUGCCAUCUCUGAUAAAGCUGGACCUAUCAUCCAACUUCCUGUCGUCUUUCCCUGUAACUGGGUUACAUGGUUUGACUCACUUAAAAUUAACAGGGAACCUUGCCUUACAGAGCUUGAUACCGUCGGCAAACUUCCCAGAGCUCAAGAUUAUAGAAAUGCCUUAUGCUUACCAGUGUUGUGCAUUUGGUGUGUGUGAGAAUGUUUAUAAAAUUUCUAAUCAGUGGAGUAAAGGUGAUAACAGCAGUGUGGACGACCUUCAUAAGAAAGAUGCUGGGUUAUUUCAAGUUCAAGAUGAGCGGGACCUUGAAGAUUUCCUGCUUGACUUUGAGGAAGACCUGAAAGCCCUCCAUUCAGUGCAGUGCUCACCUUCUCCAGGUCCCUUCAAGCCCUGUGAGCACCUGUUUGGUAGCUGGCUGAUCAGAACCGGAGUAUGGACUGCAGCAGUGCUGGCGCUUUCCUGCAAUGCCUUGGUGACCUGGACAGUGUUCAGAGCCCCUCUGUACAUCUCUUCCAUAAAACUGCUAAUUGGGGUGAUUGCAGUAGUGAACAUGGUCAUGGGAGUCCCCAGUGCUGUGCUGGCUGGUGUGGAUGCGUUCACAUUCGGUAGUUUCGCUCAGCAGGGUGCAUGGUGGGAAGACGGCCUUGGUUGCCAAGUCGUUGGUUUCUUGUCCAUUUUUGCUUCCGAAUCAUCCGUCUUCCUGCUCACUCUGGCAGCACUGGAACGUGGUUUUUCUGUCAAGUGUCCUUCAAAGUUUGAAAUGAAAACUCCCCUUUCUAGCCUGAAAGCAAUCAUUUUGCUGUGCAUCCUGUUGGCCCUGACCAUUGCCACGGUCCCCUUGCUAGGAGGCAGUGAGUACAAUGCUUCCCCACUCUGCCUGCCUUUGCCCUUUGGGGAGCCCAGCACCACAGGCUACAUGGUAGCUCUUGUGUUGCUCAACUCACUGUGUUUCCUCAUAAUGACCAUUGCCUACACCAAGCUCUACUGCAAUCUGGAGAAAGGAGAUCUGGAGAAUCUUUGGGACUGCUCUAUGGUGAAGCACAUUGCCCUGCUGCUCUUCACCAACUGUAUCCUUUACUGCCCUGUGGCUUUCUUAUCCUUCUCCUCUUUGCUAAACCUCACGUUUAUCAGUCCCGAAGUAAUUAAGUUUAUACUUCUAGUGGUUGCCCCACUCCCUGCAUGUCUCAAUCCCCUUCUCUACAUUGUCUUCAACCCCCAUUUUAAGGAGGAUAUGGGCAGCCUGGGAAAGCAAACCCAUUUCUGGACAAGAUCAAAACACCCAAGUCUGCUGUCCCUAAACUCUGACGAUGUUGAGAAACGGUCCUGUGACUCAACCCAAGCCUUGGUAGCCUUUACCCAUGCCAGCAUAGCCUAUGACUUGCCUUCCAAUUCUGGGUCAACACCAGCUUAUCCAAUGACUGAAAGCUGUCACCUUUCUUCAGUAGCAUUUGUUCCUUGUCUCUAGUUAAUAUGUGAGAGGAAAGUUUUUAAAAGUUGUAAACCUGAAAAACAAUUUAUAUCAGAGCAGUAGCUUAAAAAAAAAAAUCUGAGCUAAAACCUGGCUUAACACACAAGUAGACAUCGGCUGUGGUGGUACACAUCUUUAAUCCCAGCAUUUGGGAGGCAUAGGCAGGCGGAUCUCUGUGAGUUCAAGACCAGCCUUGUUUAUAAAUCAAGUCCAAGACAACCAGGGCUACACAGAUAAACUCUGUCUCAAACACACACACAAAGACACACACAGACACACACACAUAGACAUCUCAUUAGCAUGGAAAAGCUGGUACCUGUUACUUGAGAAUGAUAAGUCUAAACACUGCUUGUACAAUUUGUUCAGCUAAGAAGAAAAUCCAUCAAGUUACUUGGCUGAUCCCAAUAUAGAAAAGCAGUUUGAAAUGUUCUUCAAAACAGAAACCCUCUGGUUUUUAGUGUAUUCUCUUGAAACUCACCAACACAGUUACUAGUGGUAGGCUAUGGGUGUGUUUCACCAGCAUAGUCACUAGUGAUGACUCAAUGGGUGUAUUUAAAUCCACAAAUUCCUUUUUUUAAAAGGUGAGAGUUUUAAGGAAAAGUAAGGAUUUUUUAAUAGGCUCCAUUGCCCACAGGGUCUCAUCUUAAUGGCCACACAGAGAUGCUUUUGUAUCUUUUUGCCUUUUGUCUGAAAGGGUCCUUCCAAGACACCCAGUUUCUUGGACGGAUAAUGUGAGACAUUUUUGACUCAUAUAUAGAUGUAACAUACUAGGUUUUAUAAAUAAGCACUCAAGGCAUUCUCUCCUGAUGAAACAAAACUGGUUGCAAUGUUUUUGAAAGGAAAAUUAACUUAAAUUGUUCCUAAAGCAAUUACAUCUAGGUAAAAUUUGACCUAUCUGAUUCAUUUUCAAAUUUCUGGUGUCUGAAACACAGGAAGUUCAUUGCCAACGGUGGGUGUACCUAGGAAAGACAGCGAACAAUUGUGGGACUUGUGUUUGUUUCUGAGUGGGGCCAUGCUUUUGGCAAGACGUUAUCAUUGCCGCAAAUGGUGUUGCAUUGUAAGAUGCUCAAAUGCAGGACAUGAGUCCACUGUGUAACUUCACACAGCCCUCUCCUGCAGUGCUAGCAACAAUGCCUCGCAGCACUUUGGACUCAGCAGAAGCUGGGCAAAGUAUUAUUCUUCUAUUUAGCUUGGUUUUAGCUGUGUCCUUUUUGGAGCAACCACUUGACAUGAACAUUGCUUCCCUGCUUAUUCCAUGUUAACACAGGUGUUAGAUGGGUGUUAAAUUGCUGAAUUUGAAAAGUGAAAGGGUUUAUUCUUAACUUCUGUGAGCCUUCACUCGCUUCACUGCACCCAAAUGGAAAGGCUGUUAGGUAGAUUUAUUUUUAUAUAAGCAUGUUUUAUUUUGAUCAGAUGUUUUAAUGUGGAAUUUUUUUAAAAAUACAUUUAUGAGAUGUUUUAUAAGAUGUGUACAUAUAGAAUUGUAUUUAUUACUGCAGUAGAUGAACUGCAGUAGGUGACAUUAAAGAACAUGAUAAUAAACCAUGUACAGUGGUGUAUUCCAAAUAUAUUGUUUCUCUGCCCAUUUUCUUUAAAUGCAUUAAUUGUAUAUAAUAUAUGUAAAUACAUAGUGCUUGUAAAUAGAUUCAAAAUUUGCUUUUCUACUGGGCACAAAAUAAAUUUGUAAUAAAAUGUGUGACUUGCAAAACAAA